GAGAGAGAGAGAGAGAGAGAGAGAGAGAGAGAGCAAGAGAGAGAGUGACCAUCUCUUCCUUCUCCUCCUCCUCCUCCUCUUGCGCUGCCUCUCUUCCCUGACACACGCUCCAUCCCUCUGAUGCUGACUGGAUGCAGACUAGGGGAUUUCCAGCAGCCUCCUGAGUGUGUGUCCUCCCUCUCCUCUCCUCCCUACCCUCCUCCUCCUCCUCCACCUACCUUCUCCUCCAGCAUCCGGAGCUUCUUCCUCCUCUUCCCUCCUGCUCCUCACCACCAGGAUGUGGCGCUCGGUGGCUCUGCUCCUCUCUGGAUUCUGCGCUCUGAUCCACGUGUCGCUGCAGGGUCCUCACCAGAGGAACCUGCUGAAGAAUCUCCUGAAGGACUACAACCGGAUGGAGCGGCCGGUGGGGAACGACUCGCACCCGCUCACCAUUUACUUCUCCCUCAGUCUGAUACAGAUCAUGGACGUGGAUGAGAAGAACCAGGUGUUGACUUCCAACAUGUGGCUCCGGAUGAGUUGGUUCGACCACUAUCUCCAGUGGAACCAGAGCGAACACCCGGGCGUUAAAAACCUCCGCUUCACCACCGAUCAGGUGUGGACGCCGGACAUCCUGCUCUACAACAGUGCAGAUGACGACUUUGACUCCACCUUUAAGACCAACGUUCUGGUAAACUCCAGUGGCUACGCCGAGUAUCUGCCCCCAGGAAUAUUUAUGAGCACAUGCAACGUGGACGUCCGCUGGUUCCCCUUCGACGUCCAGAAAUGCGAGCUGAAGUUCGGCUCUUGGACGUAUGACGGUUGGCUGCUGGACCUUCAAAUGACUGAUGCUGAUAUUUCGGGCUUCAUGCCCAACGGAGAGUGGGACCUAAUGGGGGUUCCCGGCAGCAGAAAUGAGGUCUUCUAUGAUUGCUGUAAGGAGCCCUACCCGGAUGUCACAUUUGUUGUGACAAUACGCCGGCGAACGCUCUACUAUGCCCUGAAUCUGCUCAUCCCCUGUGUGCUGCUUUCUUCAAUGACUCUGCUCAUCUUUGUGCUGCCAGCUGACUCUGGGGAGAAGAUCUCGCUGGGUAUCACUGUCUUGCUGUCUCUCACUGUUUUCAUGUUGCUGGUCGCAGAGAUCAUGCCGGCCACGUCUGACUCCGUCCCUCUCAUAGGUCAAUACUUUGCCAGUAUAAUGAUAAUCGUUGGGAUGUCGGUCAUCGCCACAGUGGUGGUUCUGCAGUAUCAUCACCACGAUCCAAACGGAGGAACCAUGCCAAAAUGGGUGCAGCUCGUCUUGCUGCAGUGGGUAGCAUGGUUCCUGCGUAUGAAGCGGCCCGGAGAGAAUGACGACCCAGAGCGGCCCCCGUGCGCCCCCCAUCUGCGCCGCUGCUCCUCGGGCUCCCAGAGCGGCAGCCUCCCCAACCCUCCGGACCCCGUCCUCCAUCCGCUGCACCCGCAGAACCUGGCUCCUCUCCAGACGGGGCCCCUCCACGCGGGACACCCCCACCUCCACCUCCACUCCCAGUCCAGUGCCAACAACGGGAACCUUCUUUACAUGGGCUACCAGAGCAUGGAGGACCCUGCGAUGCUCUCGGAGCCCCUCCAGAGGAAUAACAUCUCAGUGGGGCUCUCUCGAGUAGCAGGAAGCCCGCCUCCGCACCUGCCAGCUCAGUUCUGCAGCUCCCCACCGCCUCCCACCCCCAACAUGGAUAAUGUCGGCUGUCCCAGCACUGUCUCCAGCGGUGGGGGGUUUGGAGGGGGACCAGGAGGACUUGGAGGGUGUUCGACUGCGGGGAUAGGAGACCUCCAGCUCCAGUCCAUCCUAGAGGAGGUGCGUUACAUGGCAGACCGUUACCGGGAGCAGGACGAGGCCGAGAGCGUGGCCGACCAGUGGAAGUUUGCCGGCGCUGUGAUCGACCGUCUUUGUCUGGUGGCGUUCAGCGUUUUCAACAUCAUAUGCACCAUUUCUAUCCUCAUGUCUGCCCCCAACUUUGCGGACGCUAUUUCGAAGGACUUUGUUUGAAAGCAAAGAGGGAAAAAAAGUGUGACGGGAUGGAUGAGGGGAAUUAAAUGUAAGAUGACGGAUGGAGUGGAACCUGGAAACACAAUUUCCAGCCGACUGUGGGCUUUGUGAUUUGUGAUUGCGAGGGACUGGGAAAUAGAAAAGAAAAAAAAAGGAAAUGGUUUUCUUUGCAAUACUUUCUGUUUUGUAACUGAAAUCUAAGAAGAAAACAGACGAGGAGGGAGAUACAGAGUGAAGGUAGAAUGAGAUUAGGCUGAUGCAGGGUGCUUUAUCAGAUCCUCGACAGGGUGAAACGGAUUGUGGUUAAUUCAGAGACUUUUCCUUAACAAUUAGGGGAGAGGUGGGUCGGAAAGGGAAAAGGGAAGAGAAGAUAUCAAUCCUGUGCAACCUCAAAUAACACCGGCUCUUAAAGCAAGGAGGAGAUUGAGAGGAGACGAGAGGAAAAGAGACAGGGCAGAGAUAGAUAGGGACAGAUAAAUAAGACAGUCAUUUGGCUGUUUUAUUUUCUCAAGGAGGGAAAGACAGGCCUUCACUCCCACACAAUGAGAGGAGACUGCAUCGGUUCAAGUGAAGUGAGGAGGAGAGAGUGCCCGAGGAGAGAGAAAGAGACUUUUACAAGGACAGACAACAAAGAGCGGUCAAGGAGGAAUGAAACUUCAUCCCUCGCGUCAUUGGCACAUUUGAGCGGAGUAAGCAGCUUGAUGCUCGGGUAUACAAACAUGGACCGAAAGAUCAAGAUCGAGAACGCUGCGGCGAGGACGAACAGACGAAGAUCUCAUCUAUUAUUCAAUCACAUCUAUCUAAUGACCGUCAAAUUGAAAGACCUGGGAUAAUCUUUAAGACUAAUAAAGCUUCCAAAAGAUGAAGUCCCCUUCUCCCUUUGCAGACCACUUUAAAAUUCCAAGGCCUUAUCUCUUUGAGACGAUUGCCAAUCUGCAGCAAUCAGUGGCGAUCAAAAGCCCCUCGGCUGCGGGCACGCUUUGAAGCGCUUAUCACGACUGAGCUAAACUGAAUUAACUGGUCAUCAACAAGGCAGUGGCCGGUGGCUGCACCACAGUGGAGGCUUGAACCGUUAAUAACUCAUGAAGCAGAUACCUAAUUGUGUCUGGCAGGAUCCUAACUGAUCAAACAUUGGAUUUCAUACAAAAGGUUUAAUAGCUCAAACAGGAGUUCAGGUCUUUAAAUCAGCACAAAUGGGGUUAAGAUCAUUCAAAAUCCUCAAGUUAAUGUGGAGUAUAAGUAGCAUCCCAUCAAAUUACUGUCAAAUCCCCUCAGGGGUUUAGAGCUCCAGUACUUCCCUGCACAGUGUGUAGCACACAGCCCGAUGCCCAAUUUGUUCCCUAAUAAAGUGGUAACUCUUAAAAUUGGACCUCAAUUAUAUAUCCAUUCUUUCCAUCAUCCAGCUUAUCUUUUAAGGGUCGCAAGGGAGCUGGAGUCAAGCCCAGCAGACAUAAGGCGAGAGGCGGGGUACAACCCGGACAGUUCAGUCCAUCACAGGACCAACAUUCACUCUCACGCUCACCUUCAAUUCAGAUUUUCCGAUCAACCUAACCCCAAACUGCAUGUCUCUGGACUGUGGGAGGAAGCUGGAGCACGAAACCCACACAUACUCCACACUUGCAAACUCCACACAGAGAAACACUGGCCUAACAGGGAUUCAAACCAAGAACCUUCAUGCUGUGAAGUGAUGCUGCCCGACAACUAUAGUUUCAUUUGAUUCCUAGAAAAAGCCUCAGUCACCUCCUAAAACAGCAGCUCCUGUUUGGGUCAAAUAUCACUCAAACAGGAGCAAAUAGGGAUCAGAUGUGGAUUAACACACAUUUGGUCCUGAAUUGAUCAUCUAUUGUUGUUGAUAUUAUUAUUUCAUUUCAAUAAGGAACAUAUUGACAGUGACAGUUGUGUUUUCACCACCAUCUCUUAUGUUGAAGAGUAUAUUUACCACAUCCCUAACAAGAGCCCAGGGGGUCGAUGCCAAUACAGAUAUUAGGGAGUAAAUAAUUUCUUAAACCGAUAUAUAAAGUUUGGCAAUGAAAUCCUAAGACGUUGUUAUUAAACACUUAUGACAAAGACGUAAACUAAGCUUGAAUAAAAUAAAUACAAUCAAAUAUAUAAAACUUGAA